AUGCUCGACCUCCAAGAUUUCAUCAAGGAGCGCGGUGGUGACCCCGAGAAGAUCCGCGACUCCCAGCGCCGUCGUCAUGCACCCGUCGAGAUUGUCGACGAGGUCAUCGCUUUGUGGGAUGACCACCGCAAGACCCAAUACUCUGCGACGCAGAUCGGAAGCGAAAUCAACGCCGUGCAGAAGGAGAUUGGUAUGAAGAAGAAGAACAAGGAGAAUGCCGACGACUUGCUCAAGAAGAAGGAGGAUCUCCAGAAGCAGAAGAAGGACAAGGAGGAUGAGGCGACAGCGAAGCUCGUCACGCUCAACGCCAAGGCCAAGAGCAUCGGAAACUACGUUCACGAGUCCGUUCCCAUCAGCGACAACGAGGACAACAACGUCACGGAGCGCGAAUGGAAGCCCGAGGCCGGACUCGGUGCCAAGACUGAGCAGACGCUUAGCCACCACCAGAUUGUUACCAGACUCGCGGGUUACGACUCUGAGCGUGCUAUCAAGCUUGUCGGUCACAGAGGAUACUGCUUGACUGGAUACGGACUGUUCCUGAACCAGGCGCUCAUUAACUACGGUCUCGAGUUCCUUUUCAACAAGGGAUACACGCCUAACCAGCCUCCCUUCUUCAUGAACCGCAACCAGAUGGCCAAGACCGCCCAGCUUGAGCAAUUCGACGAGGAACUGUACAAGGUUACGGGUGACGGCGAAGAGAAGUACCUCAUUGCCACCAGUGAGCAGCCGCUCUCUGCACUUCACAGCGAGGAGUGGAUCCAGGGUGGCCAGCUGCCCAUCAAGUACGCCGGUUACAGCACAUGUUUCCGCAAGGAAGCCGGCAAGCACGGUAAGGAGGCCUGGGGUCUGUUCCGUGUGCACCAGUUCGAGAAGAUUGAGCAGUUUGUCUUCUGCAAGCCUGAAGACAGCUGGAAGCACUUUGACGAGAUGAUUUCCGCUUCUGAGGAGUUCUAUAAGAGCCUUGGUCUUCCCUACCGGGUUGUUUCCAUCGUCUCUGGUGCUCUGAACAACGCCGCCGCCAAGAAGUACGAUUUGGAGGCUUGGUUCCCCUUCCAACAGGAGUACAAGGAGCUCGUGUCUUGCUCCAACUGCACGGACUACCAGACCCGCGAGCUCGAGGUCCGUUACGGUGUCAAGAAGGCCAAGGAGGCCCCCGGUGGUGGCCGGAAGGAGUACGUCCACGCUCUCAACGCUACCCUCUGCGCUACCGAGCGAACCCUUUGCUGCAUCAUGGAGAACUACCAGACGCCCGAUGGCUUCAAGGUCCCCGAAGUGUUGCGCAAGUACAUCCCCGGUCAGCCCGAGUUCCUGCCCUACGUGGCCGAGCUCCCCAAGGAGAUCACUGUCGUUGCUGGACAGAAGAAAAAAUAG